GUCUGAGAAGUCUACUAGCUACCUAGACAUCUACCUAGGUAUUAUGAUCUCCGUAUUUCACUGCGGUCAUGUGGUAUUUUUGGAACAUUAAGCCUCCUCCGUCACAGCUUAAGAGCUGGGAAACAUCUAUUCUUCUGCAUCCAGAGGCUGGAUUUUCGAUAAUCGGGUCUAGUAUUACUAUCUAGGCCGGGAUAAAGACUCUAUUCCAGAAUAUAUUAUUGAUCAUCCCUUCGCUCAUCGACAUAGGUAAGGGACUCGCAGAGUAUCGAGGCAGCUGUCCCUCGCUAGCUGGCGGUAACAAUAAUACGGCAGCUCGGAGACACGGUAAUUCAUCGCGUGCAACUCCAGACCAACUCUUGAUCUUCCCCAGCGAGCCGACCGAGUGCCGAGAAGUCGCCCUUGAAGCGAUUCGACUCUUCUAUUUUGUCCGGAUAAGCCGUAUGGGUGUUUGAGGUCUUUCAGUCUCAAAAGACCCUCCGGUUAGCCUCAUGGCGACACAGCGCCGCGAUGAGUCGCCUUCUGGUUUAUCAGAUAUUGUCGAGCCGGAUGGUCUUUUAGGGAUCGGCUUAACGACCCGGCAUAUCGAAGCCUUCGGGAGAAAAGUCACAUCGACUGCAGGGCAUUUGAUGGGACCGAUCACCGAGUCAAGCAAUGGCGGGCAUUACCACACUGCCAUGUCCGACAUACAUCGUGAGUUACGGCGGCCGACAACUCAGCGCAAGGUUUUUUCCCUGACACAAACCACUCCGACCGACCUCGUUCGUUCCAAGCUCUCAACAUCUGAAAUUCAAUCGCGCGCCCUCUCUUCUCUUCCCGACGAGCUCCUCGCAAACAUUCCCGAAGACUCCAGCUCCUACUCUCUGUUCGAGGGCUUCAAGGCCACCCAAGACGACCAUGAAUUCAGAAAAGCCCACCGACGGCGCAGUUCGAAAGGGAAGAAGCUGCUGAAGGAUGGCGAGGCGACUGCGGCUCUUCCGUCCGCGCCGACGGACUUGAAGAAGGAACGGGACCUGUUGAGCCGGCGGCUGAACCUUAUGGGUGUGCGCAAGAAUAUGUGCAGCUCGGAGAUCCACGAGAUUGACAACAAAAUCGCUAACCUGCACAACAUGAGGAAAAUCGUGCUGGAUCGGUUGGCAGGGUUAGAGAUGGAAGAGGCGGAGCUUGAACAUGAGUUGACCGAAAUCGACAACAAGCUUGAGGAUAUCCAAGAGGAAGCCCCGAAGACUCCUGUAACAGCUGUAACACCGAAAUCUUCGGCAGUGAACGAUGACUCGGUCGUUUCGGAAGACGCGGCUAUGGAUGCGUCUUUCAUGUCAGAAUCGAUCUAUCAGAAACUACCUUCGCAUUCGCCGCGGAGUCUGAAACAGCGCUCUAUAAGGAAACGCUCGAUGCCUAUCCUACACGAACACUUCGCGCCCGGAUCACAGAUCAAGGAAAUGCAAGCCCAUACUGACAUGGUGACAGCUAUUGACUUCGAUUACCCGUUUGGUACGAUGGUGAGCGCCGCUCUGGAUGACACCGUCAGAGUUUGGGACCUUAAUAUUGGCCGCUGUACGGGGUUCCUGGAGGGCCAUAAUGCCUCUGUUCGGUGUUUGCAGGUCGAAGACAACAUUGUCGCUACAGGAUCUAUGGACGCUUCGGUCAAACUCUGGGACUUGAGUCGUGCUCGGACUGUGACCCGUGACAACCGUCUCAACAAACAUGAAGAGGGUGAAGGGGAGGACGACAAUGCGUCAGAUGCUUUCUCAUUGUUUUCUGCAACUACUCUGGAGGACUGCUAUGUGUUUUCACUCGACGCCCACGUUGAUGAAGUGACAGCGCUCCAUUUCCGAGGGAACACGCUGAUUUCCGGCUCCGCGGAUAAGACUUUACGGCAGUGGGAUCUUGUCAAAGGACGUUGCGUUCAGACAUUAGAUGUCUUAUGGGCCGCAGCUCAGGCGUCAACCCUCGGGGCUGACACGCAAUGGCGCCCUUCGGGACGCCUCCCGGACGCAUCUGCGGAUUUCGUCGGCGCACUCCAGUGUUUUGAUGCUGCGCUCGCUUGCGGUACUGCCGACGGUAUGGUCCGCCUAUGGGAUCUUCGCAGCGGUCAGGUUCAUCGUAGCCUCGUGGGCCAUACUGGGCCAAUCACGUGCUUGCAAUUUGACGAAGUGCACUUGGUGACGGGAAGUCAGGACCGCAGCAUUAGAAUAUGGGAUCUACGCAUGGGCUCCAUCUUCGAUGCGUACGCCUACGACAAACCAAUCACCAGCAUGAUGUUCGACACAAAGCGCAUAGUCGCUGCGGCCGGCGAGAACGUUGUCAAAGUAUAUGAUAAGGCCGAUGGACACCACUGGGACUGUGGAGCCGGGGUUGGUGCAGAUGAGUCCGGCCCGGCGCCUGCGACAGUCGAGCGAGUACGGCUCAAGGACGGAUACUUGCUUGAAGGCCGCAAGGACGGUACCGUGGCAGCCUGGACUUGUUGAACAAUUCUACCGGCUCUUUCUUAAGUCUACAUGAUUCUUAACGGCUUGCAUUGUCAUCCUAUAUUCAACGCUGCUUUUCUCAAGUUGACCCGUCGCAAAUCAUGACCAUGAUUUGCGCCUUAUGCUAUAACACCAUUCUUCACACUUGUAUACUAGCACGUAUCUUGGAACCAAUAUAAAGGCGAAAUGGCAACUGUAUGUGGGGCCAAGGGUGUGCCAAUCCGG